AUGCAUGUGCGCAAACAGUACAGUCGUUUUGAACCUACUUCAUGUACCCUCUGCCUUCCCCCAGCCAACCAAAAACUACAUCGAUGUGUACCAGUUCUCCCAGCCCUUGAUAUCUUAGAUUUAUCCCCAACAUUUUUUUUUUCGCCUUCGUUCGUUCGUUUAGCAUACCAAGAGGAGUUUGUCAACAGUUUUGCGGUGUAA